UGGACCAUGAUGAAAACGUUUCUCGUGCUACUGCUGGUGCUCCUAGAUGUCGGACAGGCCCACGGAGACCUGCAUAGGGUGCCCCUCAGGAGGCAUCAGUCCCUCCGGAAGAAGCUCCAGGCCCAACGCCAGCUCUCAGACCUCUGGAAGUCCCAGAAGUUGGACAUGAUCGAGUCCUGUACGAUGGAGCAGAGUACCAAUGAGCCCCUCAUCAACUACCUGGAUAUGGAAUACUUUGGCACUAUCUCCAUUGGCUCCCCACCACAGAACUUCACCGUCAUCUUUGAUACAGGCUCUUCCAACCUCUGGGUCCCCUCUGUGUAUUGCACCAGCCCGGCCUGCAAGACACACCCCGUGUUCCACCCUUCCCAGUCCAACACAUACAGUGAGGUGGGAAGCACUUUCUCUAUUCAGUAUGGGACCGGGAGCUUGACUGGAAUUAUCGGAGCUGACCAAGUCUCUGUGGAAGGGCUGACUGUGGUUGGCCAGCAGUUUGGAGAAAGUGUCAAAGAGCCUGGCCAGACCUUUGUGAAUGCAGAGUUUGACGGAAUUCUGGGCCUGGGGUACCCUUCAUUGGCUGCUGGGGGGGUGACUCCAGUGUUUGACAACAUGAUGGCCCAGAACCUUGUGGAUCUGCCUAUGUUUUCUGUCUACAUGAGCAGUGACCCAGAAGAUGGCUUAGGCAGUGAGCUGACCUUUGGAGGCUAUGACCCCUCUCAUUUCUCUGGGAGCCUCAAUUGGGUACCGGUCACCAAGCAAGCCUACUGGCAGAUUGCACUAGAUGGAAUCCAGGUGGGAGACACUGUAAUGUUCUGCUCUGAGGGUUGCCAGGCCAUUGUGGACACAGGGACCUCCCUCAUCACUGGCCCUUCCCACAAGAUCAAGCAGCUGCAAGAAGCCAUUGGGGCCAUACUCACAGAUGGAGAAUAUGUUGUGGAGUGUGGCAACCUCAACAUGAUGCCAGAUAUCACCUUCCUCAUCAACGGGGUCUCAUAUACCCUCAGCCCUGCUGCUUACAUCCUGCAGGACUUCGCAGAUGGAAUGCAGUUCUGCAGCAGUGGCUUUCAAGGACUUGACAUUCAGCCUCCAUCAGGGCCCCUCUGGAUCCUGGGGGAUGUCUUCAUUCGAAAGUUUUAUUCAGUCUUUGAUCGUGGAAACAACCAAGUGGGCCUGGCCCCAGCAGUCCCCUAAGUAGGGAUGUGUGUCUGUGCAGGAUACCUGACAGCCCUUGAGCCCAUUAGGACGAGGUUCUCUUUAUACCUAUCAAAAAGCCAUUACUCCCAGAAUUCAGUCAUCCCAAACAGAGAAUAAGGACUAAACAAAGCAUGAUAGCACACACACAGCCUGGCACACACUUCAUACACCUGCACCACCUCUACCACCAACAUGAUGGAAGAAUUAAGUUGUGUCUAUAUUCUUUGAUUUUUUGUUGACUUUCUAUUCUAGAAAUCUCCAAACAUAGACACAAGGAUAAGCACCAUACAUCCCUGUGCAUCUACACUCCACUCCACAACCCAUCCACAUGUGGCCAGUCCCCUCUAUCUGCUCUGCCAUGCACUUCUUCUCUAGCUCCCAAACGCCUAGAUUCUGAAGCAAACUCUACCUGUCAUGUUAUUUUAUCCAAAGUAUGACUAAUGUCCCUAAAAGUUCCCCACUCUCUCAUAAAUCUGUGUCUGUUUUUAUAGCUGAUUUAUUUGUCAGGAUUCAAAGCAGAUUCACAGUCAGAAAAUAAAAUCCAAAUUGCAUUAA